UCUAGGGGCUGCCCCCAUUGACUAAGACCCUGCAGGGCCUUAUGAGGGGUCAGGCUGGGCCCAGGGCCAUCCUCUAGAAGAGCACAGCUCAGCAAGCUCACCCCAACCCUGGCCCGGGCCGAGCCCGCCCAGGGCUUUCCCAUCUUGCAUCUCAUGUCCCAGGCUAAAGCAAGGGGGCCCAGUGAGUCCAUGAGCAGUGCAGCCAACGGAUCAAGUCUCUGGCUGUAUCGCUCACUCCCCACCUCCCACCUGAUUCCCAAGGCCUUCGAGGACUGAGCACCCAGUCGUCAAAGGGAACUCCCGCCUUUACCUGGAACUUUGAUUGGAGGAGAUCUCCAAGCACAAGGGGCCCCCCGUGUUCACUCAGGAGGAGAGGUACAGGAUGGUGCAGGCCAUCAAGUGGGUGGACGAGGUGGUGCCCGCAGCUCCCUAUGUCACCACACUGGAGACACUGGACAAGUACAGCUGCGACUUCUGUGUCCACGGCAAUGACAUCACACUGACCGUAGACGGCCGGGACACUUAUGAGGAAGUGAAGCAGGCCGGGAGGUACAGAGAGUGCAAACGCACCCAGGGCGUGUCCACCACAGACCUUGUUGGCCGCAUGCUGCUGGUGACCAAGGCCCAUCACAGCAGCCAGGAGAUGUCCUCUGAGUACCGGGAGUACGCAGACAGCUUUGGCAAGUGCCCAGGGGGGCGGAACCCCUGGACAGGGGUGUCCCAGUUUCUGCAGACAUCCCAGAAGAUCAUCCAGUUUGCUUCUGGGAAGGAGCCCCAGCCAGGGGAGACGGUCAUCUAUGUUACCGGCGCCUUUGACCUGUUCCACAUCGGGCACGUGGACUUCCUGGAGAAGGUGCACGGCCUGGCAGAGAGACCCUACGUUAUCGCGGGCUUGCACUUUGACCAGGAGGUCAACCACUACAAGGGGAAGAACUAUCCCAUCAUGAACCUGCACGAGCGGACCCUGAGCGUGCUGGCCUGCCGGUACGUGUCAGAAGUGGUGAUUGGGGCCCCGUAUGCGGUCACAGCAGAGCUCCUGGAUCACUUCAAGGUGGAUCUGGUGUGUCACGGGAAGACAGAAAUCGUGCCUGACAAGGAUGGCUCCGACCCGUACCAGGAGCCCAAGAAAAGGGGCAUCUUCCGCCAGAUUGACAGUGGGAAUGACCUCACCACGGACCUCAUUGUCCAGCGCAUCAUCAAGAACAGGCUAGAGUACGAGGCCCGGAACCAGAAGAAGGAGGCCAAGGAACUGGCCUUCCUAGAGGCCAGAAGACGGCAGGAGGUGUGGCCCCAGAGGGAAGACGACUGUGACUUCUGACCAGAAGAGGGAGAUCACCCGGAGCCCUCUCCCUGCUGUGCUUCCCGUGCCUCCAGAGUUUGGCUCACGUGGUUUUUAACCAAGCUGCGGUGCCCUCUCCAACCAUCCUGGCCUCAGAAGGGCUGGUGAGGAUGCUGCCUCCCACCCGCCUGCAAGGCACCCGUUUUGCAGCAGGCCCUUGUGGCCUUCCUGAUAAGCUGCACAGAGAGGGCGUCCAGCACAGUAGAGUAGCCCAGCAGGCAGGCUGAGCAGAGGGCAUCUUCAACCAGAGCGGUGCCACCCUGCGUACCAGGGAGGGCCCAGCUUCCAACCUCCCGGCUCCACUGCUGCUUCCCUAUCCCGCCCUGGGAGCCUUCUACCCCCCAGCUCCAGGUGGCACGUCCUCCUGCCCAGCCUUGUGGGAGCUGGCUUCAGGGGAGCAGUGACCCAGCGGGCCACCCCCUUUCCUCCUCAGGGUGCUGACCAUGCCACCUCCGGCACUCUGCCCCAGGGAGCAACCCUGGUUCCCCGUGUGCUUCCCGGGCCAGCCAUGCUGCUGUCCCCAGACUGUUCUCCAUCUUGUACCUGACCAGCUAGUGUGCAACCAAAUAAAUCUGAUGGGAGGCGC